AUGAGAAGUGAUGAUUAUUAUUUUAAAUCUUCGUUCUUCAUGAAAAUCUACGAGUUCCUCCUAUUCCCCAUUUUCGUCUUCUCCGACCAGACAGUUUAUUUCUCAACAGUUCGGGUUAGCUCAACAUUUUUCAUUUCAGAUUUUUUUCAUUUUUUUUAAUUUGAGGUUGGAGACGAAGUCGUUAUUGAUUUUCUAGGAACUACAGAGUUCCUAAUCCGCUAUGUUCCCGCGGGACCUCAGAAGUUUUACUUUUCCGGUAACAACUCGGGAACUUUCGAGGAUUCGGUGAUUUGAUUUCACAUUCUUCUUGCUCUAACUGAUUGUCAAACAAUUUCAGUUGACAAAAGUUCUCUAGAAAAACGUUUUCAGAAAGAAAACAAGUUUUCUUCUAAAAAUUACCAAAUAAAAGACGGGAAGCUUUUAAUCAAAAAGGUCAGAUUUGUCGACCAAGGGAUCUACAAAAACCAAUUCAAAGUAUAUACUUGUACUUUUUGCAAGCACAAAUUAAAAGUUUUGCAGCCGGAUGAAUCAAACGCCAAUAGGCAAAGUCGAACUUUUCAUCUCAACGUCAUUAGUCCUUAA